GACAGAGGGAGAGAGGGUGGGGGAGGACGAGGGGCGCGUGGUUUUCCCAUCUCAUCCCUGGAGGAGGGGCUGGAGCAUCCCGGGCAGCCAAUCAGGGACAGGCUGGGAGGGGGGGCCCCGCUUUGAAGAAGUUUGGGGGAAAAAAGUUUGGAAAAGUUUCUAUAAUAACGAGGGGGCGUCCGGAGGGAGGUGGCAGCGGCGGAGGAGGGGGCGUCUCAGAGAAAGGGAGGGAGGGAGCCACCCGGGUGAAGAUACAGCAGCCUCCUGCGCUCCCCCCUCCCACCCAGGCCGGGACCCGGGGGCUCUGGCCGGAUCCAUGGGGGCAGCGAGCUGCGAGGAUGAGGAGCUGGAAUUUAAGCUGGUGUUCGGGGAGGAAAAGGAGGCCCCCCCGCUUGGCGCGGGGGGGUCGGGGGAAGAACUGGACUCAGAGGAUGCCCCGCCAUGCUGCCGUCUGGCCCUCGGGGAGCCCCCUCCCUAUGGGGCUGCCCCUAUUGGUAUUCCCCGACCUCCACCCUCUCGGCCUGGCAUGCACUCGCCACCACCGCGCCCAGCCCCCUCACCUGGCACCUGGGAGAGCCAGCCUGCCCGGUCAGUGAGGUUGGGGGGACCAGGAGGGAGUGCUGGGGGUGCUGGAGGUGGCCGUGUUCUUGAGUGUCCCAGCAUUCGCAUCACCUCCAUCUCUCCCACGCCUGACCCCCCGGCCCCGCUGGAAGACAACCCUGAUGCCUGGGGGGAUGGCUCUCCCAGAGAUUACCCCCCACCAGAAGGCUUUGGAGGCUACCGAGAGGCAGGGGGCCAGGGCGGGGGAGCCUUCUUCAGCCCGAGCCCUGGCAGCAGCAGCCUGUCCUCGUGGAGCUUCUUCUCUGAUGCCUCGGAUGAGGCAGCCCUAUAUGCAGCCUGCGAUGAGGUGGAGUCUGAGCUAAAUGAAGCAGCCUCCCGUUUUGGCCUGGGAUCCCCGCUGCCCUCACCCCGGGCCUCCCCUAGGCCAUGGACUCCUGAGGAUCCCUGGAACCUGUACGGUCCAAGCCCCGGAGGCCGGGGGCCGGAGGAUAGCUGGCUACUCCUCAGCGCUCCAGGGCCCACCCCAGCCUCCCCCAGGCCUGCCUCUCCAUGUGGCAAGCGACGCUAUUCGAGCUCGGGAACCCCAUCUUCAGCCUCUCCAGCUCUGUCUCGCCGUGGCAGCCUAGGGGAAGAGGGGCCUGAGCCACCUCCACCACCCCCAUUGCCUAUAGCCCGGGACCCUGGCUCCCCUGGCCCCUUUGACUACGUGGGGGCCCCACCAGCUGAGAGCAUCCCCCAGAAGACCCGGCGGACUUCCAGCGAGCAGGCAGUGGCCCUGCCUCGGUCCGAGGAGCCUGCCCCAUGCAAUGGGAAGCUGCCCUUGGGAGCAGAGGAAGCUAUGGCUCCUCCCGGGGGUCCCCGGAAGGAGGUGGCUGGCAUGGACUACCUGGCGGUGCCCUCCCCACUUGCUUGGUCCAAGGCCCGGAUUGGGGGACACAGCCCCAUCUUCAGGACCUCUGCCCUACCCCCCCUGGACUGGCCUCUGCCCAACCAGUAUGAGCAGCUGGAGCUGAGGAUCGAGGUGCAGCCUAGAGCCCACCAUCGGGCUCACUAUGAGACAGAGGGCAGCCGUGGAGCUGUCAAAGCUGCCCCUGGUGGCCACCCUGUAGUCAAGCUCCUAGGCUACAGUGAGAAGCCACUGACCCUACAGAUGUUCAUCGGCACUGCAGAUGAAAGGAACCUGCGGCCUCAUGCCUUCUAUCAGGUGCACCGUAUCACAGGCAAGAUGGUGGCCACGGCCAGCUAUGAAGCUGUAGUUAGUGGUACGAAGGUGUUGGAGAUGACCCUGCUCCCUGAGAACAACAUGGCAGCCAACAUUGACUGUGCUGGAAUCCUGAAGCUUCGGAAUUCAGACAUUGAGCUUCGGAAGGGUGAGACGGACAUCGGGCGCAAAAACACACGUGUGCGGCUGGUGUUCCGGGUACACGUGCCCCAGGGCGGUGGGAAGGUCGUCUCGGUGCAGGCAGCAUCGGUGCCCAUCGAAUGCUCCCAGCGUUCAGCCCAGGAGCUGCCCCAGGUGGAGGCCUACAGCCCCAGUGCCUGCUCCGUGAGAGGAGGCGAGGAACUAGUACUGACUGGCUCCAAUUUCCUGCCAGACUCCAAGGUGGUGUUCAUUGAGAGGGGUCCUGAUGGAAAGCUGCAAUGGGAGGAGGAGGCCACGGUGAACCGACUGCAGAGCAAUGAGGUGACGCUGACCCUGACCGUCCCUGAGUACAGCAAUAAGCGUGUGUCCCGGCCAGUCCAGGUCUACUUCUAUGUCUCCAAUGGGCGGAGGAAGCGCAGUCCUACCCAGAGUUUCAAGUACCUGCCUGUGAUCUUCAAGGAGGAGCCCCUACCGGACUCAUCUCUCCGAGGCUUCCCUUCAGCAUCGGGUCCCCCCUUUGGCACUGACAUGGACUUCUCACCACCCAGGCCCCCUUACCCCUCCUAUCCCCAUGAAGACCCUGCUUACGAGGCUCCUUACCUGUCAGAAGGCUUCCGCUAUGGCACGCCCCCUCUGUACCCCCCAACGGGGCCCCCACCAUCCUACAGACCUGGCCUGCGUAUGUUCCCUGAGACUGGGGUUACUACAGGUUGUGCCCGUCCACCUCCAGUCUCUUUCCUUCCCCGCCCCUUCCCUAGUGACCCGUAUGGAGGACGAGGCUCCUCUUUUCCUCUGGGGCUUCCGUUCCCUCCUCCAGCCCCCUUUCGGCCUUCACUACCUUCAUCCCCACCUCUUGAAGGCCCCUUUUCUCCCCAGAGUGGUGUUCCUUCCCUAUCUGCUGAGGGAUACAAUGAGGUAGGGCCAGGCUAUGGCCCUGGGGAGGGGGCUCUGGAGCAGGAGAAAUCCAGGGGUGGCUACAGCAGCGGAUUCCAAGACAGUGUCCCUAUCCAGGGUAUCACGCUGGAGGAAGUGAGUGAGAUCAUUGGCCGAGACCUGAGUGGCUUCCCUGCACCUCCUGGAGAAGAUCCUCCUGCCUGAACCAUCACCUGGCAACCCCAGCCCCGGCCUCGGCCCUGCCCAUCUUCCCUCCUUCCUGGGGUGGUGGCUCCAGAAGCUUGGGGCCAACUCUGGCUCCUCUUUCUCCAGCUUCUACCUGUUUCCCUGUCUUCUCUCCCCUCCCCCAGCUGAAGUGUGGCCCCCCAGCCUGGUGCUGCCUUGAAGGGCUGGGGAAGGGAGAGUGUGGAGGACUGGGUUGGGAGUGGAGACUGAGGCCAGGUGCCAGAACUGACUGGAGUGAAGACGGUGUCUAGAUUGUGUGCACGCCAUGGUGCCAGGGAGGCUGGGACAGGAUGAUGGGUAAUAAACUGCUCACUGACCAGUG